UUUUUAGGUGCUUACAGAAAAGUACUUUUUAAAAAAAAUGGGAAUUCUCUUUACAAAAUUACGUCUAACUUUUGGAAUUAAUGAAGAGCGCGAGUGUUUAUCAAAUCACUUAAAUGAAGAAGAAGAGAAGUUGAUAAAAGAAAGAGCUGAAAAAACCAUAAAUCGGGCGUUAAAAAAAGUAAAGGAGAUUAGUAGCGACAAUGAAACUCUUAAUGAAACUGUUUGGGAAAAAUGGGAAGAAUCUUCUAUUGUUUGUAAUAGUAGUGAUAAUGAAACUCUUCUUGGAACUUCUCCUGAAAAAUCAAAGGAUACUACUCAAGAUAAUAUUCAGCUCGAGCAAAUACCUACUCCGGAAUUUAGUGAAAAAAAUUCAACAGCUUUAAUUGACUUGGAAAAUGUUAAUUUAUCUUUACCUGUUACUGAAAAAAUCGAUGAACAAUUAAUUUCUAAAGCGGCAACUGAUUUUCUAUCUCCUAACUGUAUAAAUAAAGAAAAUAAAAGUAAAGAUUCAAAAAUUUCGGAAUUUUUUGAGAAAGAAAAUAAGAAGGCACAAAAUUUUUCUAGCACUCCUCUUACUAGAAGUCGUUCUGAAAAGUUAAAAAAGUUAGAACUGCAGGACGAACAAUUAACUGAAGUUUCGAAAAAUUUAUGUCAACUUUCCCUUCAAGAAUCUCCGUAUUUCUUAAGGAAAACUCCGGAACGUCGGAAGAGCACUUAUUCUUAACGUGAUUUUUUUAACCGGAUCUUAAUUAAAUUAAUGAAAUCGU